AUGGGCGCCUCCAGUUCCUCCGCACUGGCCCGCCUCGGCCUCCCAGCCCAGGCCCGGCCCAGGUGGCUUGGGGUGGCCGUGCUGGGACUGGCCGCGGUGGCGCUGGGGGCUGUCGCCUGGCGCCGAGCAUGGCCCAGGCGGCGCCGGCGGCUGCAGCAGGUGGGCACCGUGGCGAAGCUCUGGAUCUACCCUGUGAAAUCCUGCAAGGGGGUGCCGGUGAGCGAGGCGGAGUGCACGGCCAUGGGGCUGCGCAGUGGCAACCUGCGGGACAGGUUUUGGCUGGUGAUUAAGGAAGAUGGACACAUGGUCACUGCCCGGCAGGAGCCUCGCCUGGUGCUGGUCUCCAUCACUUAUGAGAACAACUGCCUGAUCUUCAAGGCUCCAGAUAUGGGCCAGCUGGUUUUGCCUAGCAAGCAGCCUUCCUCAAACAAACUCCACAACUGCAGGGUAUUUGGCCUUGACAUUAAAGGCAGAGACUGUGGCAAUGAGGCAGCUCAGUGGUUCACCAACUUCUUGAAAACAGAAGUGUAUAGAUUGGUUCAAUUUGAGACAAACAUGAAGGGAAGAACAUCAAGAAAACUUCUCCCUACUCUUGAUCAGAAUUACCAGGUGGCCUACCCAGACUGCAGCCCGCUCCUGAUCAUGACAGAUGCCUCCCUGGUAGAUCUGAAUACCAGGAUAGAGAAGAAAAUGAAAAUGGAGAAUUUCAGGCCAAAUAUCGUGGUGACCGGCUGUGAUGCUUUUGAGGAGGAUACCUGGGAUGAACUCCUAAUUGGCAGUGUAGAAGUGAAAAAGAUAAUGGCAUGCCCCAGAUGUAUUUUGACCACGGUGGACCCAGACACUGGAGUCAUAGACAGGAAAGAGCCACUGGACACCCUGAAGAGCUACCGCCUGUGUGAUCCUUCUGAGAGGGAAUUAUACAAGUCGUCUCCGCUUUUUGGAAUCUAUUAUUCAGUGGAAAAAAUUGGAAGCCUGAGAGUUGGUGACCCCGUGUAUCGGAUGGUGUAGUGACGGAUCCACUAGGGUAAUAUGGUAAAAGGCUUCAGCAACCAGGAGGGAUUGACUGAGAUCUUAACAACAGCGGCAGCAAUACCUCAGCAAAUCCUUAUUAUCCAGCCUUCAACUAUCUUUACCCUGGAAAACAAUCUCGAUUUUUGACUUUUCAAAGUUGUGUAUGCUCCAGGUUAAUGCAAGGAAAGUAUUAGAGGUGGGAAUAUGAAGGUAUAUGUACAGAUUUUAGGUACUGAAGGCUUUAAAAAUAAUUAACAUCAUCAAAAAUGCUAUUUUGAAUGUUAUCAUGGCUAUUAUGCUUUUACUUCCUGACUUUUUGAUGAAUAAAGCAAGUUUAAUGAAUCAACUAAAAAGCUGCAAAAAUGUUUUUAAAAUGUGUUCCUUUUAUUAACUAUCAGGAUUACCUGAUGUGCAGGACACAUGUUACCACACUCACAAAUGCCUAAUGUUGGUCUUUACGUGGCCAUUGAGUCCUGUUGACUUUUCACUCAUGUGCUCUAGCAUUAUGGAAUCUGGGCUGUACUUGAGUAUGGAAAUUCUCUUAUAGACUUAGUUUUAAUAUUCUAUUACACCUUUAUUAAGCCAUAUAAAAGUCAUCUGUUUGUGUGUAACUGCUAGACACACCACCUGGAAUUCCAAGUAAGAUAAAGAAGAGGAUGACAUUUAAAAGAGGAUGGAAUUUUAAGAGUAGGAUUGCAAGGAAGACAGCAUGAACGUAUUUUUUUCAAUGCAAAUAAUUUUUUUGUAACAAAAAAACCAAACUACUUUGGUAUGAUCUUAAGCAAAAAUACUCACUGAAAUAGUAUAUGGAUGAUUUCACCUACUUACAAUUUUACGGUUUCUUUGUAACUAAUAAACAUGAAUCUCAAUCCUGCUUUA